AUGCGGUUUUUGGCGCUGCUGUGCGUCUUUUUGCUGCUGCUGAGCGGCGCGUCCGCGCGGGGGCGGCAGCGGCCGUCCCCCAGCAGCAGCAGCAGCAGCAGCAGCAGCAGCAGCGGCAGCAGCAGCAGCAGCAGCAGCAUCAGCAAGGAGGACCCUGUGCUGCAACGCCUGGCGGAAGUGUUUGCUGCUGCGCUGCAGAAGAACCCACAGCUGUCGCUGGGCGAGCUGCCCGGGGGGGCCCCCGAGGGGGCCCCCCUGCAGCAGCGGGCGCUGCAGCUAGCUGAGGCUGUGCUGCAGCUGGGGGGCGCCGAGCUGGCGCGGCGGCUGGGGGUGGACAGCUCGCUGUACAAAGAAGUUGCUGCUGCGCUGCAGCAGCAGCAGCAGGAAGGCAGCAGCGAGCUGCUGGGUUCGUUUUUGCGGCGGGCGUUUCGGUGGCUGCUGCAGAAGCUGCCGCAGAAGAGCUCGUGCGCUGCAGUGAAGCAGCAGCAGCAGCAGCCGGAGGCGCGGCUGGGCCACAGCCCGCUGCGCCGCUUCGGCUACCCCGUCUUUGCUGCUGCCAGCCAAACUGUGCUGCUGCAGUCCCGCCUGCCGCUCAACCUCUUGAACAACUUUCCCAUUCCAAUUACUGUUGGCGCUGAAGACUACUGGAUCCAGGGGAGGCCCCGGAGGGUCCGGGAGUUCCUGGAGUGCUUCGGAGACUACGAAGCAAAGGCCGAGACUUUGUUCCCCGACGGCCACUGGCGGGUGAGCGCCCCCGAGGAGCUGCAGCACAGCAGCAGCAGCAGCAGCAGCAGCAGCGGGAAGUGGGGGCGGCCGCUGUACCUGCAGGUGCAGGGCACCAGCCACGUGGGGGAGGUGGCCGAGCUGCUGGGGCGCGCGGCGCUGGACAGAGUUUUGAAGAGUUUUGAUUUGCUGCUGCACCGAAAAACAAAUUUGAAAGCUUUAGUUGAAGAAGCUCUCGACCCUGACGGCAGUCCCCAGGACUUGCUGCUGGACCGCCUCUCCGGGCUCGCCAACGCGCUGCCCGCGGGCUCCCCCGGCCCCAGCAGCAGCAGCAGCAGCAGCAGCAGCAGAAGCGCAGCAGAUGGCAUUGAGGCCAUUCUCGCGCUCAGCAAGUACAGCCGCCUCCCCGGCAAGGCCUUCGUGGAGCUGCUGCAGCAGCUGGCGGGGGCGGAGACUCUGCAGGAGAAGAUCGAAGUGUUUACCCAGGCGCUGCAGCAGCAGGAAGCAGACGAGGAGCAGCAGCAGCACGGCUGGACCCACCCCGAAGCAGUGCAGCAGCAAAAACGCAUCCUGCUGGUCCUCACGGCCUACCCAAAGCCAGACUCUUCUGUCCGCGCCACUUACCGAAUGCCUUCUGCUGUUGUCUCGCUGCAGCAAAUUGCGGACGCCCUCGACCUCAUCGACUUCGAGUACAAAUAG